AAGGGGAGUUAGGGUUUCUCCUAUUGCUCGAGAGAAGUUAGUAGCAGCCGCUUCUCCACUUUCAGAGCCAGCGAUCCUCUUCUAUCCACAACCAUGACUAAGAGAACGAAGAAGGCUGGAAUCGUCGGGAAGUACGGUACCCGCUAUGGUGCCAGUCUGCGUAAGCAGAUUAAGAAGAUGGAAGUCAGUCAGCACAGCAAGUACUUCUGUGAAUUUUGCGGAAAGUAUGCUGUGAAGAGGAAGGCUGUUGGCAUUUGGGGAUGCAAGGACUGUGGCAAAGUGAAGGCCGGUGGUGCCUAUACUUUGAACACUGCUGCUGCUGUCACAGUUAGGAGCACCAUCAGGAGGCUGAGGGAGCAAACUGAGAGUUAAGCUGCUGGUCUACUCUACGUGUUGGGCGGUGUCUUUCAAAUAGCUUUGAGGAUUGUUUCACCUUUUACUUAUGUUUCUUUCAAGAACUAUGGAUGUUGUUGGUGACUUUUGGUAGCAUCUUUAAUCAGAGAUUAUUAUUAUUAUCUUGCUGUCUCAGAAUUUAUUUGGUUGCUAGUGCAAUAGAAUUAUUAAUCAUCGACUCAAUUUC